AUGGGCCUCCACAGCGACGGCGGGGGCCCGGCCCCGGGGCGGGCAGCCCGAGCGCGGCCACGGAGCUCCGCGGGCCUGUGCGGCGGGGCCGCCGUGUUCGCCGCCGUGGCCGCAGUGUUCACCCUCACGCUGCCGCCCUCGGUGCCCGGGGGAGACGCGGGGGAACUGAUCACAGCCGCACACGAGCUUGGAGUCGCCCAUCCUCCUGGCUAUCCUUUGUUCACUCUGGUGGCUAAACUGGCAAUUACACUCUUUCCUUUUGGCUCCGUUGCCUACCGGGUCAAUUUUCUGUGUGGUUUAUUUGGCUCGGCAGCUGCGUCACUCCUUUUCUUCACCGUUUUCAGGCUUUCUGGCUCACAUGCUGGAGGAAUCCUUGCUGCGGGGGUGUUUUCAUUCUCUCGUCUAACAUGGCAGUGGUCCAUCGCGGCAGAGGUUUUUAGCUUGAACAAUCUGUUUGUGGGGCUGCUUAUGGCUCUUACUGUACAUUUUGAGGAGGCAGCAACCGCAAAAGAAAGAUCAAAGAUAGCUAAAAUUGGUGCUUUCUGCUGUGGCCUUAGCUUAUGUAAUCAGCACACAAUAGUACUCUAUGUUUUGUGCAUAAUACCAUGGAUUCUCUUUCGACUUUUCAACGAGAAGGAACUCUCCUGGAGCUCUGUGUGGAAGUUGAGCCUGUGUUUCUCUGCUGGUUUGCUGCCCUACAUCUAUCUUCCUAUCUCAUCCUACCUCAAUCAAGCCCGCUGGACCUGGGGAGACCAGACAACGGUGCUGGGAUUUUUGACUCACUUUCUCAGGGAAGAAUAUGGAACAUUCAAUCUGGCUAAAUCUGAAAUAGGAUCCAGUAUGUCUGAAAUUUUACUUUCUCAAGUAACAAACAUGAGGAUUGAACUCUCAUUCAACAUCCAAGCCCUUGCAGUUUGGGCUAAUCUAUGUUUAGUAAGAAGGGAUAGACAGAACCCAUCAUUAGUGUGGCUUUUUACUGGAAUGUUUUGCAUUUAUUCAUUGUUCUUUGCUUGGAGGGCAAACUUAGAUAUUUCAAAACCACUUUUCAUGGGUGUGGUGGAGCGAUUCUGGAUGCAGAGCAAUGCUGUGGUGGCAGUCCUCGCUGGCAUCGGGCUGGCCACGCUGGUUUCUGAGAGUAACCGAGUGCUGAACACCAAAGGCCUUCAGUGUCUGGAGUGGCUUUCAGCAGCUCUCUUUGUAACUUACCAAAUAUAUUCUAAUUACAGCAUUUGUGACCAAAAGACCAACUAUGUGAUUGAUAAAUUUGCAAAGAACCUUCUAGCCUCUAUGCCUCAUGAUGCAAUUAUCUUACUCAGAGGAGAUUUGCCAGGAAAUUCUCUCCGUUAUAUGCAUUAUUGUGAGGGACUGAGGCCAGACAUUUCAUUAGUGGAUCAGGAAAUGAUGACUUAUGAGUGGUACUUACCCAAGAUGGCAAAGCAUUUACCAGGUGUCAACUUUCCUGGAGACCGGUGGAAUCCUGUGGAAGGAGUAUUACCCAGUGGAAUGGUCACAUUUAAUCUUUAUCACUUUCUUGAAAUAAAUAAACAAAAAGAAACUUUUGUUUGCAUAGGAAUUCAUGAAGGUGACCCAACCUGGCAAAAGAAUUAUUCACUAUGGCCAUGGGGUUCCUGUGACAAACUGGUUCCUUCAGAGAUUGUAUUCAACCCUGAGGAGUGGAUUAAACUUACAAGAAAUAUCUAUAACUGGACUGAAGAAUAUGGACGGUUUGAUCCAUCUUCUUGGGAAUCUGUGGCCAAUGAGGAGAUGUGGCAAGCAAGGAUGAAAACACCGUUCUUCAUUUUUAACCUGGCAGAAACUGUGAAUGUGCCUUCAAAUGUGAAAGCUCAGCUCUACACUCACGCAUAUGACCUUUAUAAGGAGAUUGUCUACUUGCAAAAGGAACACCCAGUGAACUGGCACAAGAACUAUGCCAUCGCCUGCGAGCGGAUGCUGCGCCUUCGGGAGGGAGGCGCGGACCCCGAAGUCUUGUUAUCGGAAACCAUCAGGCAUUUCCGCCUCUACACCCAGAGAGCGCAGAAUGACCCGCAGCUGGCUGAUAUUUCAGCCGCUCUGAAGCACCUCCGAAAAGAACUGCAGAGUCUGAGAAACAGGAAAAAUGCCUGA